AUGCCAAGGCGCAGUGUCGACCGGAUCCCCUCUCAGACGGACAAGUCAAAUGAUUCAAAAGCCGACCUCAUGUCGCGAACUGACUCAAACGUCAAAGUAUUGAAGAAUUCUGGUGAUCCGCCGGUGUCGCCGCGCAUGCGCCGCAACAUGGAGCGUGUCGAGAUGUUGGCACGGCCCCCCGCGCGUCGGCUACGCUCUCUUUGGGACGAGAAGUGUGCAAUACUGCCGAAGGCGCGCCGAGAUAAAAUCAAGAGCGCUUUAGAAGAAGAAUAUUUUUUAAGUCCGGAGUUAGUUGAACAUGAGGAACCUUUUUUUAUUACCUGGCGAGCGACCAGGUUAUAUACCACCAGCGCUUAUUCGCUAAAUAGAUCCACAGAGGCUUACCCACUAAAAAUACAAUGUAUUCUGACGUGGAGGAAUGAACCCAGGAAACCGAUUACCUUUACGUAGCUAUAUUCAACAGAUUACAUAGACUCGGUUUUCGGAAAGCUGCUAACGCAAACAGAGCAGUAUUUCCAAAUGAUGUCGGAAUCUUCGAAGCGUUGGAGUGGACCUGGCGGCAUGGCUGGCCGCAAGGACACAGGUGAUAAAGCCAAAGAGUUACGCCAACGGCAGAAGUGGCUCGUCAACUUUAGCGCUCAGGUUGCCUACCGUCUAUGUGACUACAUAGCGAAGGGUCAAAAAGAAAUGUUAGUGUCUAACCGUCUGAGGAGCAUCGCGGAUGUGGUUUUGGAAAGAGUAGCAGAGAUUUUAGGUGAACCGAAGCCUUCUCGCACACACCCUGGACGCCUGGCUCGGUUCAUGGUGGCGAUAUCUGAUCGUAUAGCGGUCUGGAUAGAGAACGCUGUGUACCGCGCCGACGCAUUGGAACCGAGGGAAUCUGAAAUGGACGAACAUAUGAGACUUGACGCUGAAAAGCCGCUAGAAUGCUAG